UAAUAAAUCAAGUGAACUCAAGGACAGGAUAGGAGUGAUUUUCCGUAGGAUGCGACCUACACACCUCAUCAUUGUGUUGGAGAUUAGCCUCUGAACAGGUGAGGACCAGAGUCCAGUGUACGUGUGUCGGGAGGUGAACAUGAUAACAUUCAACCAAUCCGUGGAGUGAAACCGGGGCCAUAAAGUGUGCAGAUAAGCCUAGGAUGCUCUGUUUAAAUAUACACCACCACCACACUGAGUUUCAGUUUCAGACGACACACCUGCUCGAGGCUCUGGUCUACAUGGAUUUCUUCAACAGGAUCUGGUUUAUUGGCCUUUCUGUACUGAGGGAUGCACUGAGGAGAAUCUACUGACUUUGGAAACAACAGACUCAUCCGGUCCAGCCAUGAUCAGUGUGGACUUGCGGGCGCUCACCCAGCCUGUGGGCAUCAUGCGAAUAAUGGCGACCAUCCUCACCGGUAUGUGUUUUAGCCUGGUGGCGACGGUGGGAUACGUCUCGUCUCCCUACUGGGCGUGGUGCAUGUUCACCUGGUGCUUCUGCUUCUUCUUCACCCUCCUCAUUCUCAUCCUGGAGUUCACGACCGUCAACGCCAAAUUGCCUUUCGCCUGGGACGACUUCACCGCUGCCUUCGCCAUGCUGGCAAGCCUCAUGUGCCUGUCUGCCUCCGUCAUGUACCCCGUCUUUUUCACCUGCAACAUCUGCCACCGCCAGAUCGGCGCCUCCGUGGUGUCCUGGGUCUGCUUCGGGGUGUACGCCGGCGUGGUGGCGUUAACUUUUCUUCGUCCAAGCGGGCAGAACAGCGGGUUCCUCUCCACAGUGCCAGGCAUUAUGAAGAUGCUGGAGACGUUCCUCGCCUGUCUCAUCUUCACGUCGCUGGAUGAACUCCAGUACUCCGGCUCCCCGGAGCUGCAGUGGUGCGUGGCCGUGUACUCCUUGUGCUUCAUCUUUGCCAUCCUCAUAACCCUGUUCUCCACCAUACAGCUCACCUCGUUUUUACCGUUCUCCUUCGACAAGCUCGUGAUCGUCUACAACAUUUUGGCAGCAGUGAUGUACGUGACGGCUAUGGUGAUCUGGCCACUGUAUAGUCUCCACACCAGUAAGAGACCCAGUAACUGUGGCUACCUCUGUGCCUGGGAUAAACUGGUGGUGGUCACCUUCAUGACGAUCCUCAACGUUAUCGUUUACACCCUGGACACCGUCUACUCUAUACGCCUCGUGUUCUGUGUCAGUAACGAGUGAAGCUGCUGCUUAUCAGAACUAACAUGAACUGAAAUGUGUACUGGGUUUGAAUACAUGGGAACAGAAACGAUUUCGAUUUUUAUACUGAAAUGUUGGGUGCCCAGUGGGGAAAGAAGUAGAGUAAGUUAAUGAUUAAAACUGUAAUAUCACUGUCGUAAAAAUAAAAAAUAGCCUGGUAGAACUUUGGAUCCUGAUACACAAAGAGUGAUCAAACAAGGUAACAAUACUGAGCUCACAUUUCACUUUAUUACACUGUGUCACAGUCAAAUUAUGCCGCAUUUGAAUGUUUUCACUUCCCCGCUCAUCAUCUCGUCAUUUGUGGGGCAGCAACUUUCUGAUUAAAGGAAUAGUUUGACAUUUUGGGUAACAGACUUAUUCUAUUUCUUGCACAGAGUUAGAUGAGAAGAUUGAAACCACUCUCAUAGAAGUUACAGCGUCUGGCCAAGAAAUAGUCCGGCCCUGUAAAACCAUCAGUUUCUUUGUAUAUACGGUUUAAACAAACACGAUAUGACGGGUUAAUUAGUGAGCUUUAGAGGUGUUGGCAGAUCUUGUUGCCUUCUUACAGAGACAGGCUAGCUGUUUCCAGUCUUUAUGCAAAGCUAACUGGCUGCAGGUGGUAGCUUUGUGUUUAUUAGGACUGUCAAAGUUAACGCCAU